AAGAGGAGGAGGAGGAGGAGGAGGCGACGCCGAGGUUGCCCUGCUGCCAGCGCCGGGAGCCAGCAGUCUGGCUGGGAGAGAAGGCCGGGCUGGCUCCUCCCUCUCUCCUUCCCUCCUUCCCGUGGAUGCCGGGGCUUCCCACCGCCGGGAAGGACGGGGCUUCGUCUUCAUCGGGCGCCCAAAGGACCCCCAUCCGCCCGCCCGCGAUGGCAGAUGCUGCCACGAUGGAAUUGAGCUGCACUGAAGUACCUCUUUAUGGGCAAGUUAUUGUACAUGGAAAACUGGAAAAAUAUCUCCCAGAGGAUGCUGAAUUUUACUUUGUUUACCAGGGCUCCAUCCAGAGACAUGUGAUUUUUGCCAAGCGUGUUAAUAUUAGCAUCCUUCAAUCUAUUUUUCCAGCUCACCAAGAGCAAGAAGAGGUUUCUGUCUCGGUGGUCAUGCAUCCAAAGGAAGGUGCACCUGUGACCCUUGGUUUCUCAUCUAUAACGUACAAACAGGACACAGCUUGUGAAAUAGCAUGUUUUCUUGUGAACCACAUGGAUUGCCUUACAGCUUUCAGCCAUAAUAUACUACUCAGUAGGUUUAGUUUAACUUCAGAAGAUAUUCAGUCAAUGGAUCAUGCUAUUAUGCUCGCUAUGGCCUGUGAAGGAAUGCCACCCACUUGGAAUAUCAUUGGAAGUAGUCCAGAAGAUGAAUUUAAACAUAAAGAAACGCUUCUUCAUCUCUCGAUGAGAUUGGGCUUGGUUGAAUUUUCCCAGUUCCUGUUCUUCCAGCCAGGUGGGACAGCCGCUUUCAUGUUACCUAAUGAAGAUGGCUUGAAACCAUUGGAGCUGGCUUUACAGAAUGGACAUUUAAGACUUGCUGAAAUUUUCUCCAAAAAGCUGGUCACCCAUCCGUUUGAAAUUUCUAAAGUGGAGCUUGAAGAGAACACAGUCCUGCAAUUUGCUCAUUCAUCAGAAACUCUCUCAUUGACACUUAAUUGCACGGCAAACCGUUUGCUAGAAUCUGACAUUCAGCUCUUUAGGAAAUACUUCAGGGAUAGUGAUUUUCUACAUAAGAACCUUAGUCCAAAACAAGCCGAGACACUUGAAGAAAUGCAGAUGCCUUUCAACUCGACUACUUCUACAGUAGAAGAUCUGGGGGAUUUGAUAUCUGAAGAGCCAUCUGCUAAAAACGAAGACAUGACGUUUUGCAGAGACCAGUUGAUUCAGCCCAUGGAAAAUGAAGAUGGUUCUGUAUUGGAUUUAGUUCAGCUGCAUUCCCCAUUUGAAUCUUACAAGAAAACUUCAAAUCCUUCCACCUUCUUUGCUGCAGCCAGACUUUCUGCUAUGCUGAAUGGAAGUGAUGAGGUCUAUGCAAACCGUAUGGUAGUGAAUCAGGUGGAAGAUGCUGGUGUCUUGCAUGUUGAUAUUGGCCACUCUGCUUCUGAAACGUGCCCAGAUGUUACUGACUCAAAUGAUGAUCCAGAAUCCCUUGCCAAUAACAUGGACCAGGAAAAUCCACCACCUUUCCUUCCAUCUAAUUUGGAUGCAACAGAUUCAUGCACACCUCUCAAGAAGACACUCAUGUUUGUCAACCAACGAAAUCAACGCUAUUCCAUCAUUAAAAAAAGAAGCUCCAGUCUUGAUGAUUUGGAUGCAGACAAUGGAGAUGAAAGAAUUUCUAACCAGCCAUAUAACUGCUACCCUCCAAUGUCCUUCAACUCACCUAUAGCCUUGAGUAGAAGGAGUGGCACAAAUUCUUCAGAAACAGCCACUGAAUUGGAUUUUAACAUGAGCAGGGCUGAAUCACUUCCUUUGUCCAGCACUCUGCAGUCAAAGGAAUCGGUGUUGUCUGGAAUACGAUCUCGUUCAUACUCCUACACAUCACCCAAAAUCUUACAGCGGAAACUUCAUUGCCCAUGGGACUUCACAAUAUGUGAUUCAAAUGCUGAUCAACAGGCGUUCAACUUAUCUGAACAGUUAGGAGACAAAAGGAUUCAGGAAGAAGAAUGGGAUAAGUACCUGACACCAACAAAAUCAGAAUCUGAAAAAUGUAAAGUCAGUCGUACUUUUAGCUUUUUGAUGAACAGAAUGGCCAGUACGCGAAAUAAAUCAAAGGCAAAAAGUAAAGAAGUCAAAGAGAAGGAGAAAGUGAACAGGCACCAAUUUGUUUCUGGGACUUUCACUGGAGUAAUGCCAUGUUUUGCUUGCGAGAAAGCACUUUUGGGGAAAGAAUCCUUGCAGUGUUCUUAUUGCAAUGCCAUUGUGCACAAAAGUUGUAAGGACUGUUCUCCUGCAUGUACAAAGAAAAGUCAAGACAGGUGCCAUAUUAGGAACAGGACACAGUCUGUCCAGACAAACCCAUCAUUCAGAGACAUUCCACAGCCAACAUUCUCCACAAUGCAGCCAUCUACCUCAACACCCAUUGGAUCGUCUACUUUAAAAAAAGAUAUGUUGCAACAGCAGCACUCUUUAUCUAGAAGUGUUCCAAGUACUGGCAUAGAAAGGAAAUAUGUAUCUCCCAUUGAGCCAGAUGUGGAUACCAACACCUGGAGAUCUAGGUCACACUCUGAGGAACUUUUGCAAUCAGUAGGGACUACUUCAUCUGUUGACUCUUUGAUCAUUGAAGAUGAUGUUGAUGCUUCUUUAUGGAGUGAUCUCAGCACUGAAACACUGGAAUUUGAGGCUGAAUCCUGGAGUCUUGUUGUGGACCCAUCAUUUUGUAACAAACAAGAAAAAGAUGUUAUCAAAAGACAAGAUGUCAUUUUUGAGCUGAUGCAAACUGAAGUUCAUCACAUCCAUACCCUGUUCAUUAUGUCUAAAAUAUUCAGAAAAGGGAUGAAAGAAGAAUUACAGUUGGACCACAGCACAGUGGACAAAAUAUUUCCUUGCUUAGAUGAGCUUCUUGAACUGCACCAGCAGUUUUUCUGUAAAAUGAAGGAGAGACGCCAGGAAUCUGCUCAGGAGGGAAGUGAUAGAAAUUUUAUCAUAAACCAAAUUGGAGACGUCCUUGUGCAGCAGUUUUCAGAGGAGAAUGCAGACAAAAUGAAAGCCACAUAUGGGGAAUUUUGUAGUCACCAGAAGGAAGCAGUCAACCUUUUCAAAGAGCUUCAGCAAAACAAAAAGUUUCAGAACUUCAUUAAACUACGGAACAGUAACCUUUUGGCCCGACGUCGUGGAAUCCCAGAGUGUAUUCUGCUUGUCACUCAAAGAAUCACAAAGUACCCUGUUCUAGUUGAAAGAAUAUUGCAGUAUUCCAAAGAAGGAACUGAAGAACACAGAGACCUAUGUAAAGCCCUUUCCCUAAUCAAGGAUGUGAUUGCAGCAGUUGAUUUACAAGUCAAUGAAUAUGAGAAGAAGCAAAAAUUGCUGGAUAUCUUCAGUAAGAUUGAAAACAAAACAUACACCAAGCUGAAAAGUGGAAAUGUCUUCAGGAAACAGGAUUUGCUCAAGAAGCAGAGAAUGCUUUUGCAUGAAGGCUUAGUCUAUUGGAAAACAGCUACAGGACGUUUCAAAGAUACAUUAGCUCUCCUUUUGAAUGAUGUGAUGCUGUUUUUACAAGAAAAAGACCAGAAAUAUAUUUUUGCAGCUGUGGACCAAAAGCCAGCUGUGAUAGCACUUCAGAAACUUAUUGUGAGAGAAGUGGCCAAUGAAGAAAGAGGGAUGUUCCUGAUUAGUGCCUCAUCCACAGGACCAGAGAUGUAUGAAAUCCAUACCAAUUCCAAAGAGGAUCGCAGUCACUGGAUGAGGGAGAUUCAAGAGGCAGUGGAGAGUUGUCCGGAGGAAGAAGGAAAAAUUAGUGAAUCUGACGAGGAUCGAAAAAUAGCUGAAGCCAAAUCAGCCAAAUUCCAAAAAUGUCAAGUAGUCUUAAGUAACCAGGACCAGCAGAUCUGUAAUUGUUUGGAAGAGAAGCUAAAUAUUUACGCAAAGCUUGGAGAUAUGAGUGGGUUUGAAGAUGUUCAUGUAGAACCACACCUGCUUAUAAAACCUGACUCAGGAGAAACACCUCAGGUGGCCCCACUUCUGGCUGCAGCUCUUAAAGAAGCGGAAAGGCUUCACAUGGCUGUAAUAUUAUCACAAGUAAAUGAAACAAAUAAUUCAUUAGAAGGGAGUACUGGAGAACCCAGCCUGACAACACUCAAUGAAGCUGAAGUCUGUGAAUCGUUCAUAGAUUCUGCAGAGAAAGAGCUUUGUGAUUCAGAUGUUUGCAAUGGAAACAAUGGGAUAGAAGCUGACAUGCUAGAACAGGAAGGAAGCUCCUGCUAUGCUGCUUCAGCCCAAACUGAGGUUGUACAGACCAUCCAGAAUUUAACUCGCCUCUUGUACAGCAUACAGGCAGCCUUAACUAUCCAGGACACUCACAUCAAGGUCCACAAGUUGCUUCUCCAGGAACAUGAAAGGUCCUCCUGGAGCCCCAGUUCUCGUAUCCCUUCCUUCCUCCUUGAGCAAGAAAAGCACCGGAGCUUCAAGUCAAAGGAGGAACUUGCCAAUACCCAGAAACUUCGGCAUCAGUUCCAGCAGGAGCAGCAGCGGUGGCAGCGUGAGUGUGAGCAACGGCAGCAGGAGCAUGAGAAGAGAGAGAGCCUGUUGCUGGAGAAGGAGAAGGCCUGCCUGGGCCAGGAGGAACUGCUUUGCAAAAACCGCAGCGAACUGGAUGUCCAGUUGCAGGAUUACCAGCAGAACCUGGAGAGACUCAGGGAGAGCCAAAGAAUGGUGGAGAAAGAGCGGGAAACAGUCAAGCUGCAACAAAAAAUCUUGCACCACUGGAAACACAGCCGGCAAAGUAGUCUUCCUGCAGUGAUCGCUUCGGGAAACAAUGAGAUCACGAGACACUCUCAGCCGGACAGUUUUUGUGGUGAGAACUCCGUCUUCAUAAAUGAAGCCAUAGUCCAGAUGUCAUUAAACCGUCUCAACAGAUCAAAUUCAGCUAUAGUUUACCAGGACAGCGAGCAUGGUAGAAACCUGCCAAAUUCAGGUUUAUCAAGGACUACUGAAAAUCAAGUCAAUCUCAAUGUGGACAUUGCUUGCCAACAAAUGUUCUCUGGUGAUCGCUCAAAAUCCACCGGUCUCAGCCAUCAUACAUCCUCCUCCAGCACAAAUCACAGAGAUGUUUGUAACAAUCACUUUGAUGCAUCACGGAGCCAGUCUCCAAGAUCGCAGGCUUCAGGUCAUGGGGACGGUCACCAUUCAGACGUUCUGCUGAACGUUCAACCUUGUGACCUGGGACAAGAUUCAGAAAGCGGAAGCACUGAGGAGAAAAUUGUUUAUCUCUAAUCUUUUUCCUCCCUGUUCUACCAGUAGCACUUUGGGAUAGCUCUUCCUACUUGCUCUUGUCCAAAUGGCAUUGAAAAUAUGUUAUUUAUUACAAAUCAUGCCAUGUUUUCCAUGUCCAUCAGAUAGAAAAUAAAUUAUUUUAAAUGUUAUUCUGUAAUAUUUAAAUUAUUACAUGCAUGUUAAAUCUUAAACACUCUGUAAGCAACAUUAAAUGUUGAUGGACUCUAAAGCAGCCAGGGCAUAUGUAUGUGUGGUGAGAUUAUCUGUGUUCAGUUAAAGCUGUAUGUAUCUAAUAUUAUAACUACAAGGAAGAGCUGAGGUUUAAUAAUACAGCACAGCAAAAGAGACAAGUCAAACUAUGGGCAAGAAAGAUAGCUGUGAUCUGGUUGACAUUAUAGAGUAUCUCUCUGCAGUCUGUUGUGUUUAUACAACCUUGUAGUGUCAUUGGCCAUCACAAUUCAACUGAGAUUUAGAUUAGUAAUGGGAAUUGUGUUCUGUGGCCCUCUAGAUAUUGUUGAACUGCACUUCCCAGAAUUCCUCAUGACUGAUUGCACUGUCACACAAUAUGUAAACAAUAUCUAGAAGGAUUCACAGUUCUUAAUUUGAUCAUUCCAAUAUUUCUGGGUCCACGUAAGUUUCUCACAGAACGAACAGCACAAAAAUAUGUACAUAUGCCAUCAUCAUUAUCAUAAUCUUAUGGAGAGAAGGAAAAGCCUGGAAAGUCCCUAUGUUGCAGGAAGUGUAAUAAAGGUUAAUGUUCUUUCCAAGUUUCUUUUUCCUUUCCUCUGGAUGAGAAACAUACUUGAAAGUAAUUCUAGCUAAUGACUCUUCUGGAUUCUCACCACAGCCUCCUGUAAUGGUGAUAUCGUAUCACUUCACUACUAUAGAAGGUAUUCUGCCAAAUUAUAGUUAGAUUAACACCUUGUUUUCACAAUGGAAUAUUUUAGCUAUAGCCUAAGACAACCCAAGACUUUAUUUUAAAAGUAAGGACAUUCAGGAAAUCGAUUCCCAGUGUCAAAUUAGCCUCUUUUGGGUUCUGCUGAUACAAAUCAGUUGAUCGUUUCACAAAACCAGUCUCCUCUAAUGUGUAUGUAACUCCCUUUCAUUGCAUUCUAGGUCAGUUUUUGUGAUGCUUAGCAUUAUAUGUUGUUCUUGGCCAAGCAAGUGCCCUUUCUUAUGGGACUAUUACAAUUCAUUAUACAAAUACAUUAUACAAAUAAUAUUUCAAGAAACUGGGAAGAGAAGGGACUUUGAAAGCAUUUUUUUAAAGUUUAACCAAAACCCACUUUUCUCUGCCCCAUGUACAGUCAAUGUAUUACUUUCAGGAUGCAGAGCUUUGAUACAUUAAAAGUAAAGGUGUUUUUCCUGUGCAUUUUGGAGAUAUAAUAGUAUACUUUUUGAAUUUAAUAAAUGGUCUACAUCUUA